UACCUUUACCAGUUAGAACAGAAGAUUGAUGGAAGAAUAAAUGCCAAUUGGAAGCAUGUUCAUGCCAGAAUUUGCCCAUUUUCACGAAUUUUUCCAGAAAUGCAGAACAGUUUUUCUGUCAAAAAUAGAAGGAGAAGCGAAAGGAAGAGUGCAUACUAUUAGUUAAUAGUGCAACAGAGCAGACAUGGAAUUACAAGUGAACUUUAUUCCUCCAUUGUCUGCAGAGCAGGAAAAAAGGUUCCAUUAUUCCAGAAAAGUGGUCCCCAACUCCCUAUUCAUGAAUUAAUUUGAUUCCUUCCCCUCGAAUGAGGCAAGUAGAGUAAGGGUUAGGAAUUGAAGACAUUUCUUGCAAAUUAAGACACUCCAUUCAGCAAGCAAAGAGAAUUAUACUUGGAAAUAUAUAUAUAUAUAUAUGGUUAGGAACAGAACAACUCCCUGUAUUGCACACAUAUAUAGACAUAGAUAAUUCUCCACUGAGCUCAUUACGGGUGGCAGAAGAACACGUAGUCUUAUAAUUUUGCUUCUAAUUUGAGCAAGGUCAUGGCUUCAGGAGCAUCCAAAACAGCAGCAGUCUUGCUCUUGUUUGUGAAUCUCGCGCUGUACUUCAUUAUAAUAGUAAUUUCUUCAUGGUCUGUUAAUCAUGGGAUCAAGAGGUCUCGUGAAGCAGCAUCUGUUUUAUCAAUUCCGGCUCACAUAUUUCCGAUAUACUUCCCAAUGGGAAACAUGGCAACUGGUUUCUUCAUCAUUUUCUCCCUCCUUGCCGGAAUUGUGGGCAGCGCUACCUCGCUAACCGGACUCCAUAACAUUGUCCAAUGGAAUGUUCCAAAUUUACAUGCUGCUGCUGCCUCUUCUGUGACAACCUUGUCACUCACUCUGCUAGCCAUGGGAUUGGCCUGUAAAGAGAUUGACUUAGGCUGGAUGGAUUCCAACUUGCGCACUCUAGAAGUUGUGACAAUCAUAGUAAGCGCUACCCAGUUGUUCUGCACUGGUGCUAUCUUUGCCGGGGUGGAAGAUGUCAGCGCACGAAACAGGGCCUAAGCAAAAUUUGAUCCUUCAAAGCCAAAUGCUGUCUUUAACAUUAAUGUCCACCGGUGCCAUAUAAUUGUGUUGUGAAUGUUGUUAUUUUUUUGUAUUUGUUUUAUGUAUAUUUUUUAUAUUUGAUUUAAGCAGUGAAAGUUAAAGCUUGAGAUACACUAAUGCCCAAGCACAACUAUAGUUGAAA